CCUGAUUUCAUCUUCUUCGACAAUGCUUGCAAGCUUAAAAAGCACAUCGAUACCAUCAGCGAUCACCACUUUGACAAUUGUGCCCUUCCCGUGGACGUCUUCCACAUGAACUCCAAUCACAAGGGUUCGGAUGCAUUGUGUGGCUUUUUCUGCAAUCCUAUGGCGGCCCGUUUGUGGAAAUAA